AUUACUUUAAAGUAAGCCCAUUUAUAAGAUAGAUAAAAAUUUACUAGCCCCAAAAUCUGCGAAAGUUUCAAUCUUGGCCCGUUUCCGAAUCAAGAACAGUGGGAUUUACAGUCGCACUUCGAUUUUGGAAAGGGGGAAAUGGUGCAAACGAAUUUUACUGGUGGAGGUGUCGGUUUCGGUUUCGGUGUUGGCUGUGGUUUUGGAGUUGGGUGGGGAUUCGGAGGGGCACCCUUGAACAUCUUUGGACUUGGUGCAGGUGGUGGCUGUGGUGUCGGGUUAGGGCUUGGAUGGGGAUUUGGUGCAGCUUAUGGCAGUCGUUACUAUAGUCCUGGCCUAACAUUCCAAGGCGUCGAAUUUGCCAAUAAACCUAGUGAAGAAAAAGAUGGCAAGAACUUGUCAAAGAACAAGUAGAAAAAAGUACACUCAUCACUCAAUCAUUUGUUCAUCUUUCUUAAUGAAAUGCCCAAAGCUUUUGUAGUAUGGAAAUUUAAUGAAUACUUUGAUUUCUUAUGUCAUAUUCUUCCCUCAAA